CGCACACACUAUACGGCAAGAGGCGGCAGCAGCGGAUAACACUCAAUAUGGCUUCCGUACGAUUGGUCUUCGGUCGCGCGUCCGCUUGGUACCACUGUUACAGUGUAUUAGUGUAAAACAAAACAAAUUAAUUAGUUUAAUUUCGUCGAAUACGUUGAUCGUGUUUUUCUUUAUUCUAUAUUCGCUCUCGAAUUUUGUUGGCUCGCGUAAUCGCCUUUAGUCUCCGUAUACGUAUUUGUUUAAUCUAUUAUAAUCGUAUUAUUUAUCAUCGGUGUAUGUGCCAGUGAUUUUGUGCGAUAAUAUAAUUUUUAUUUUUCCACGGUUAUUUACCACUUGUAAUGACCAUCUAUGUUUGUUUGUGUGAUGCUUUCGCGCUUGUCUUAUCCGUGUGGUCAGCAAUUCGGCCGUAGCUUAAACGCCUGCGGAUCAUGUCCGAUCGCUAUCGUUAGAUAAUUGCCAAAAACAAUACCAGAAGCCGGACAGGCACCAUGAGUUACCGGCCAAAACCCAACCCGUUCGACAGCCUAAGGAAUUCGCCGUCCCACAACCGUGGCAGUCUCAGCUACAUGACAGCGAUGGAACGGGAAAAACAAAGAGAAAAAGAGCGGCAGUCCAGGCAGCAACAAGUAUCGGAAAACAACGUUAAAGACAAAAAAGAACUGUUCGGGUCGCCGGUCAAGGUGGACGAUGCGAACGACGACGAACAGAGCCAGCUGAUCGAGAGCCAGCUGGGUUCGUUUGACGACGCAAAACCGUUCCUGUUGGACUUGGCGUUCUGCGGAAUCACCGGAAUGCCACCAAGUCCGGCACCGCCUCCGCCAUCGUCGUCCAGUUCGCAUCACCAUUACCCAAAGUCGUCAUCGACGCAUCACCAUGGAGCUUCCGCAGCCGCUCAACAAUCGUCCCGCAGACCAGAAUCGCCAGCGUCCGGCUCGGCCGCAGCCACAUUGGGACCACCCUCGGCUACGGCUGUCGCGUUUAAAAAACCUACGGUUACGUCACAAGCGAUGGCCAGGUCAUUCCCUACACCGUCGAACCCUUCUUCUAGAAACAGUAGUUUUUUGAAACCCGGCGAAAUGAAGCCACCGUCUUAUUCGUCUUUGGGUAGGUCGACGGGAUCCAGCAGUAGCAGUAGUGGAAUGAGAAAUUCCCAUUCGACGAGUUCUUCUCAUCACAGACCCACUCACAAGCCUAAUCUUGCCAUAUCAAAUAGUCAUAGUUCCGGCGAUACCAAUACGCCCAGUACCAUAGAAGAUAUUCUAAAAGAAAUGACUGUUGGUCUUCCGUUAGUAUCGGACAUAGCGGAAACGCCUAGAGUGACCAUAGUUGAUUCCAAGUAUACGGCUGACGGCAAAGUGGAACCGCAGCAAAGGAUGAGUCCUAAAGACGCUUCGGAAAGCCUAAAGAAAAUGCUUGGCGAUCCGCAACAGUUGUUUCCCGAGCCGGUGCAUAGGCCUUCACAGCAAAUGCCAACUUCCCAUGUUUCCCCUGACGUACCUAUGGACGCUAAACCGUCAGGACCGUACAAUCAUUCGUUAUUCGCUUCGUAUAUGGUGAAACCUUCGGUGAGAGGAUCCAAUAUAGUACCACAACCACAGGCGUCACAGGAGCCUCAACAGUUAUCGCCUGUGGAUAAAAGCCGCCGAAGUUCAACGUCAACUAAUGUUCUUUCGGAUAACGCUAAUAAUUCCAACAGCAGAACUGAGAAAGUUAGCAGUGACAUGUCGGUAGACGAGGAUAGUUCGUCCAGCGAAGAAGGUGAAAAGGAUAGCAGUUCAGAUAGCAGUGGCAGUGAUAGUGAGAGUAGUGACGAGAAGAAAGAACCACCAGCUGUUUCACCUCCUAGGCAGCAGGAACAAGAAGAAGAACAGCCCAGAUGGUACUUGAAAAACUUUUUGAAGAAGAGCACUCCAGAUACCAACAACACCUCAAGAACAUCUCAACAGGAAGAACCAUCUGGAAUGAGUGAUCCUAAGUCUAGUCCUGGCUUCCAAAGUCAAAGGUCAGGGGUAGUUGAACUGUUGUCUGAGAUGUCUGAUUCGGACUCAAACCACAGCGAAAAACAAAAGAGCCAGUCCUCUUCUUCCUCAUCAUCUUCAUCAUCAUCAUCAUCAUCCGAGGAUGAAGAUGACAAAAAGAAAAAGACUUGUGAAAGUAGUUGUGAUAGUGAUUCGUCGUGCAAUAGUCAUUCACGUGCGUUUACCAAACCUGUUACUGAUUUGCAUAAGAAGUAUUCAGUGUUGGCUAAAUGCGAGAAAAAAGAACUGAAAAAGUCUAUGGAUAAGCCUGUGACUAAACCUUUAGCUGUCACAGUGACUGCAGAAAGAAAACAACCGUCAGUUGUGAUGUCAACACCACCACCAAUUGCUGUGAAAAAGGAUUAUGAAACAACUGAAGAGCCUGUAAAGAAGAAGAGAGGUCGAAAGAAAGGAUCAACUAAUGCGCCAAAACUACAACUAUCAAAGAUAAAAUCGAAACCAUUAAUAUCAUCUGAUUCGGAAGAUGACAAUCCACCACCUAAACCAGCGAAAACUAGUGAAAAGCGUAGAGGUCGCCCACCUGGUAGCAAAAAGUCCAAAGUAAUAUCUGCUAGUAGUGAAUCUGAAGAAUGGACAGACAGUAGUAGGAAGAGCAGGGGUAAGAAAGAAACAGAAAAGAAAUCAUCAUCAUAUUCAAUAAAGAAAACACCAUCUUGGGAAAAAAAUCAACCACAAAAACCAGUGGCCAGGGUUAGUGCUGCUAUGCGUCCAGUACGGUCAAUGUCUAGUAGUGCAGAAUCUGACUUGUCUGAUGUAGAGUGCAGGCCAAGAGCUGUUAUUUCAUCAGCUACUACAGAAAGUCCUCCCAAGUUGGAUGUAGAGGGUGUCAAAGUGCAAGAUAAGAAAAAAAAUGAUACUUUGCGUAAGUUGUUUAGGACACGACGAGAAGAACCUAAAUGUGGUGGAAAAUCUAAGGGUGGCAAAGGUGGAAAAGGUGGUGUAAUAAUCAUCGAUAAUAAUGAGGCCAUGAGAAAUGAUAACGAACGUGUAAUAUCUCCUGUGCCAGUGAUACCUCCUAUGCCCAAAGAACCUGUAGAAUGUACUAAAUCUAUGUCCUUAAUGUGUAAGAUACCAUUGAGUAAAUUGUCUAAUUUAAAUUACCUGCUUAAAAAUGGUCGUUCAGAAGAAUUAAGGUGUCGUGCCGAUCUAGCUAACACAAGGCAAGAUUUGGAUAAAAAACAAAAACACAGACACCAUAAACACCAUCAUAAGAGUAGUCCAUCAUCAUCACAAUCAUCUUUUGGGCCAGAAAAGGCUAAAACUAAUGAAUCUCCUGCUAGUAAUGUAGCUCUUACUCAGCCCUUAUUGCAGCCCUCCUCUUCUGAUGGUUAUUCCAAAAAUAUGAUGGACAAUGUAUGGCGGAAACCAACUUCAGUUUGUGCUGUAAUACCUGAAGCUAAAGUAAAGCCACUUGAGCAUAUGCCUACUAAUACAAUGCCUUACUUGCAACGGCCCACAGCUACUAGUGGGGUAUUACAUGGACCAUAUGAAGAAACCUCAGAAGAAGAAGAAGGUCCUCCACCAUUUCACUCAUAUGGAGCACCUGUUCAGAUAAUGGAUCCAAGGUAUAAACGUGCCCUUGAAUUGGAUCAGUACUCUACAUCUUCUAAGAGAAGGAAGUUCAUGAACUCUCCUGGUUCAGCUCAAUUAGCAAGAUAUGCCACUGCAAGAUUGUAUUCUUAUUUUUAUUUGGAUAUAAAGGGAGAUGGACUAAUGAAUGAUAUUAUGGUUGAUCGUAUGCAUGAAGUCCCUACACAGCCACCUCCAAGACAACCAUCAUGGCGAUUACAAUCCAUGCACCACCAACCAAAUACCAAAAGAAGAUUCUUCUCUUACUUUGCUUCUGAUUACUAUUCAGAUAAAACAGUACCCAAUUUACAUCAAGAAGUUCCCUUAAAAGAAGCACAAGCACUGACUAAAUUAGCUGAAUAUGAACCUGAUCCUAUUACACAAGAAAUGAAAUAUUUAGAUGGAAUUUUAUGCUUUGUUCUUAGUGGGCAUUUGAUGGAAAAUGAUGGGACCAGGGAGCGAGCUGUUCUCAAAAUUUAUAAUGAUACUAUUGACUUGAUCAAAGUUAUUUGGUCGAAAAUUUAUAAUUAUCGUGCAGACUGUGAUCAUGAAGAGUUAGACGAAAUAUUUGAAAUGGCUGACAAUCCCGAAAGGGAUAAUAGGUUGUUAAUAUUAUGGAUGAGGUGUUUGAGUUUCUUGAGGUUAAAACUAUUCAAUUUACUCCUAUAUCAGAAUAGACAAAAUUACAAGACUGUACAGCAACACUUCUUGAAGACUGUGGGCUCAAGUCCUAUUUCACCAUCUCCAUCACCUGCUAGUUCUGUGGAAAGUCAUUCGUCGGGUUACUGUAGCAGUAAUAUUACUCCAAAUGGACAAGCAGCAGCAUCUGGAGUGGGCUCCAGUGUCAUUGCAGUACCAUUGGCUGUUCACAAUGCAAUGUAUACUGAGCAUCAAAUGUAUUCACAUUUAUCUGCAGCACAUGAUAUGUGGGAUCGCGCUGAUCUAUUAGUAAUGCGUGGAAAACACACCCCAGAUUUCUUUGUUGAAAUGGAUCGUCAUUGUGGCCCUCUUACAUUACAUAGUACUGGUUAUGACCUUACUUUGUAUGCUCGCAUAGCAAUAUCUCGAAUGCGAUCUGAGUUUAACAUCAAGAAUUAUCUUCCAUGAUAUUAAACAAAAAUUUCUCGGAAUUAAGUAAAUGAUAUUCUACAGAAGACAUGUAUAUUGUUGCUAUUAUUUGUUGAGGUUUAACUUUCUUAUGUUGUCUCUUCUUUCCAAUUAGCAAAACUACUAUAUUGACCAUUUUAUAUUAUAUUAUAUUACAUAAAAUGUAUAUAUAAAUUUUGUACAGCAUUAAUCUAGAUUUCUUCAUUAUUUUCUGUUUUAUUCUUUUUAAAUUGUUUAAAAUGAGAAAUUAUUCAUAAAUAUAUUUUUACAUUUAAAUUUAAUAUAAAAUAUAUAUAUAUAUAUACAUAAUAUUAAUUUGAAAGUUAUAAUAAUAUAUAAUAUAUUAUUUAUAAUUUUAAAUUGAAAGAACCGUUUUGGUUUUAGUAAGUUAAAAAUAUUAUCAAUGUUCUUAAAAAAAACAUUGGGUCUGGGUAAGUUUGAUAUGGGAUUAUAAUAAUCAAAAUAAUAUGCAUAUUAUAUAUUUUUUGGUAUUAUAUUAUAUGCAUGUUAUUACAAAAUGUCUUGUUAAGCUAGUUCUUUAUUUUAUUCUUUAAACAAAGCAACCCAAAAAUUAAAAAAAAAAAAUUAAAAUCAUUAAAAAAUUAUAGAAAAAAAAUCAUAAAAUAAUUAACACAUUGAUAUAAAACUUUCUAUAUUUUUAUAACCAGUAAAUUUUUGAUUAAGUUGUGUAAAUAAUAUUAGUUAUAAUAUUUUAAAUGUAAAAAAAAAAAAAGAAA